GUGUGUUUGUGUGUUUUGUGUGGGGCGGGCGUUGGAAGGGAAGGUGACCGCGAGCUCCGAGGCCGCCGUGGGGCAGGGAUCCCGGUGACAGAGAUGGGAGCGCUCGCUCUGACUUCCACUUGGCAAGCUCAGCCCCCCCUUCAGGCACCCUAGACACUUCCUGGGGCCCAACGGAAGGCCGUCCCAGCCCGAGCGUCCCGGGCCUCCUGGGGAGUGAAACCCGAGCCCCCGGGGCCAUCCCAGCGAGCGCGAGCCGGGGAAUGCGCGGGCCGGCCGGGCCGGGCCGGGCCGAGUCCGCGCCGGCGCCCCCGCUGGCCGCAGGCCGGGAGCCAGAUCUGCCUGGCGGUCUGGGCUGGGGGAAGGCAGCCGUGGCCUGGGCCGCGGGCGAGGGCACGUUAACCGGUGGGAAGCCUGCGUUUUCACGAAGGACUCGGGUGAAGCUGCAGAGCUGCCUUUGAGCCCUGACUCCUUGGCUUCCUGGGUCGGAGAUCUUGUAAUGGAGUGGUUCCUCGUCUCACACUAACAAGAUGCCUGAUUUCCUCAGGAUCGAGGGAUUGAAGAAUGUCCCGGGUUCCGCUGGGGAAGGUCCUCCUUAGGAAUGUCAUCAGGCACACAGAUGCUCACAAUAAGAUCCAGGAAGAAUCAGAUAUGUGGAAAAUAAGAGAAAUAGAGAAACAGAUGGAGGAUACUUACCAGGAAACCAAAAGGAAAAUGUUACCCAGCAGUUCCAGUCGGAUGCGUAGUGAUGGCUUUGAUGAAGAAAGUCAAAGAGAAUAUUGGAGGCCAAAAACAGAAAUUACUGGGACACUGGAAGAAGAUUUUCUUAAGGCUAAAUCCUGGAACAAGAAGUUAUAUGAUUAUGAAGCUAACAUGCCAGACAGAUGGGGUCACAGUGGUUAUAAGGAGUUAUAUCCUGAAGAAUUCGAAACAGACAGUAGUGAUCAGCAAGAUAUUACCAAUGGGAAGAAGACAUCGCCUCAGAUAAAAUCAUCUACCCAUGAAUCCCGCAAGCAUAAGAAGUCAAAGAAGUCUCACAAAAAGAAGCAGAAAAAAAAGUCACACAAAAAACAGAAGAAAAGCAAGAAAGAAACCACGGAUGUAACAGCAGAUUCCUCCAGUGAGCUCUCAGAAGAAACCGGUGCUUCUAGUACCAGGAAAAGGAAGCAACCACAUAAGCGCAAGAAAAAAUCCAGAAAAAAGUCUCUCAAAAAACCAGUUUUAUUUGUAGGGCCAGAAAGUCACACUUCGCAGUCAGAUGAUUCAGCAUCUAGUAGUUCCGAAGAAAGUGAGGAAAGAGACACUAAGAAAACCAAAAGGAAAAAGAAAGAGGAGAAAGUCAGUGUCCCUGCUGUAGCUAACAGUGAAGUACAGAGAAGGACAAACAAACGCACAAAUUGGAAAGUGGCUACAGAUGAAAGAUCUGCUGAGAGCUCAGAGGAUGACUAAACGGGAGAAACAUUCCUGUUUCCUGUUCCCACUGGACUAGGGAUAUUUACAGCUCGCACACCUAGGGGUUUCCGCUAGUGACUCCUUCGGCACAGGGUCUGAGGUCAGAGCUGCUUUGUGCCAUCUGUACAAGUAUUGACAGACUCCUUGUCAAUUUUUGGCCUGUUAAACUUGAUCCCUUUUUCUUGUUAAUAGGGAAUCUGGUAUUUUGUUAUGAUGGUUUCUUGAAGAGAUUAUUUUUUGCAAUUAAUCACAUUUAGUGUAGAGUACAUAUAUAGCAAAUUAAAGGACCCAGAAAGCCAAGUCCAAUAUUGACCUGGAUACACCAAUUGGAAUGUUGAAUUGGGAGGAAUUAAGGCUGGGGUCAAGAGGUGGAUGAGAAACAGUGGUAUGUGCAGUGGUGGCUAAGGGAACACUGUGCUGCUGUCAUUUAUAUAGUAGGUGUCAAAACUAACUUGUCUUAAGCCUUGGUGCUUUGAUCUGUCUGUGUUUUGAUCCCGCAGCUGUGGUCUAGUUUACUUAAUGAAGAACUGGGCAUAAGAACAAACUUUCCUUUUACAGUAACAUCCACAGACAACUGUUAAAAGGGACUAGGGCUUUCUCAAUUUCUCUAUAGCCCUAACACCUGGUGACUGAUAGUAAAUGGUUUUGUAGUUCUGUUGUUAUAUAUUGCCUAAAUGGAUUUGUAUUUGAAAUUUUCUUCAGUUGUUGGAAGUGAUGUCUAUUAAAUGGGAAGAAUUAGGAGUUAGUUAUGCUAAUUAUGUUCUGAAAAAGAUUCAGAGCAACAGCCAUCUGAAUGUUUUUUCUUUUUGGGGGAGGGAGCAGUAUUGGGGAUUGAACCCAAGGCCUUACAUAAUACUAGACAAGUGAUCUACCACUGAGGUAUACCCUUGUCCUCUCCUUCAUUUCUAAUCCUAUUCAUUUUAUGUUCUCCCUGAAACUAAGUUGAAUCAGUUCCAAAAUGAAACAAACUUCUCAGGGACAUACCCACUUUUUCUAGUCUGCUUCUGGAUUAAAGUACCAAGCAGAGACCACAUCUUUUGUCUUUGCUGUACUGUGAUUCCUACUAUGUUGAUUCUUAACCAAAAUAUUACCAAAAGAAGGCUGGCAGAAGACAAGUGAAUUUUUCAUUACGGGAGAAAAAUAUCAAGUGACAUAGUUGGGUUUUUUUCCUGGUUGUCAACUUCCUAAGCUGAAUAAGAAGCUUGGAAAUCCAGAUUUUUGGUCUUGAUUCUGCCACUAAUUGGUAGAGUUCUGGAGCAAGUUAAGUUAGCUUUCCUUGGCCUUCCUUUCCUCAUGUGUAACAAAGAAAUACUUCGUGGUAGUAUGACAGUUUUAAGACACCAGCAAUAGAAUACAACUAUGAUGACAUUCCAUGAAGUGGUAUUGUUCUAAAUUAGUUCUCUCUGGGGAACAGAUUUCUAAUAAAGUGCUUGGUUUUAAAUUACAUGGUUGGCUAGGGGUGCCCUAUCCCUUCAUUAUGAGCAGGUGCUAUCUUUUGGAAUAUUUAUUUGCAAUAUUAAUACUUUGGUACUCAAUUGUCAGUGUUUUUUUGGUGUGUAUUUUUAUCCUUGGGAUAAGCAGAAGCCUACAGUGGGAAGAAGAGUCUAUACUACCUCUUAACCUUCUUGGAACAAGUGGAAUCUUUGUUGAAAUUAUACCUUUUUUUUUUUUUUUAGCAUUGUUUUUAUGCUUUAAAAGUACUAAUUCUUAAGCACAGAUACAGGAAAAUGGGCCAGCGGAAUAAAGUACUUCCAGGAAGGUGGCUCUGUCUGGGUCCUGACCUUUCCCUCCUCCAGUACUAACAGGCUUAACUGUUUCCCAGGGAGUGCUAUUUUUUUUUUUUUUUUUUUUUUGCCACAUUUAUCUAUUGGCCAUGUAAAAGCAAUAAAGCUGUUUUCUGUUCUUCA